CUAAUGGUGUUGGUAUAAAUAAGAGGUGUGCAGCGCGCCGAGGGCCCUAGAGGCGCGCUGAGAUUCAGAGAGGAGGCAACCGCCGUCAUGACCGCUUCGUCAAUGGCACACGGCGCAGGAAAUCACCGUGCAAGAGAGGAGAGGAAGCUGAGGAAGCCGGCGAUCGAGCGAAAACGACGUGAGAGGAUAAACAAUUGUUUGGAUCAGCUGAAAGAGACCGUCAUCCACGCUUUCAGACUCGACCAAUCCAAACUUGAGAAAGCGGACAUUCUGGAGAUGACAGUGAAACAUCUGCAAAACCUCCAGUCUAUGCAAGUCAAUGAUCCCCUGGAGGCCCAGCAGAAAUACAGCACAGGGUACAUCCGGUGCAUGCAUGAGGUGCACAACAUGCUCCUCACAUGCGAAUGGAUGGACAAGACUCUUGGCUCCCGCCUGCUCAACCACCUGCUCAUGUCCCUGCCCAGGUCCACUGAAGAGAGCCCUCUCCAGCCCACUCCGAGACCCGAUGUCCCAAUUCUGGCGGGUCACGGCACCCAACCCCCCAGCAGCCCCGUCAGGGGAGACCUGAGGCAGCCCCGUCAAGAGAGGGCAGUGCUCCACAGCUCCCACUUAGGGAUGCUGGAGAUGUGGAGGCCCUGGUGAAGCUCUCAAUCCCACGUUAGGCCAUGGUCUGCUAUGUAUCUUAUAGAUAUGCUGCUCAGAAGACAAACAUUUUGUUCCGGUCAUCAUUGUUGUACAGUAGACAUGCUCCACUGAUUCUACACAGACCUCUGCUCAGUACUUCCCUCCGAAGUUGACUUGUCGUAGCCUGCUUGUAGAAGGCGCCUAUUAAUCUUUCAUGUAUUUAUUAUUAACAUGAUAUUUAUUGGGUAUUAUAAUGUAUGCUCUGUUUCUUUUCUUGUUCUUCUCUCUUUGCAUUGCAUAGGUUUUCAUGUCUGAUCCUGCAUUAACACCAGUGAUAAUAAACGUGUCCUGUUUAACA